AUGUCUUAUUCUUUCCCCCAGUAUAAUAACUUUACACCCUUGGAGAAUUACAAAACUCCAUACCCUAAUAUUCCCAAUCAAUUUGCAGGUAGUUCACAUCCUUUUGGUGGCCAGCAGGAUACCAUGUCUCCCUCCCCUGAUUCGAAUGGGUCAUUGCAUUCUGAUGGCAUGAUCUCUCCAUCCCUGGACCCGUUUUUUCAACAGAGGCCAGCAAACUCACCCAUUCUUAUGCAGCAAGAGCAUGAACCUAUGGGAGGAAAUGGACUGUUAAGCGCAUAUAUGGCUGCUUAUACCAAGCUUGCAGAAUCCCUCUCACUAACUCUAGACCCUGUUGGCCUCAGUACCCUCCCCCCUCAGAGUCUGCCUGUGACGCUCAAGGCAAAGGAAAUCUCGGUCCCAUUCUACAAUUGUGCCGACUUCCCCAGCAAGUUCAUAUGGAUGAAGGAAGACUGGAAGAAGCUCCAGGAGAAACCGUUGACCCAGCUCGAAAAGUUGCAUCCACUGCACUUCGUGGUUGACAAGAGUAAUAGGCCUAUUCCAUUGGAGCGUGUCACAGCAAUACGUACCACAUCCCGACGGGUGUUUGUGGACAUCUGGAACAUCAAUGAGGCUCCCAAAAGCUGGGGAGCAGCAUCGGGAUUUGCUAGUAAGCUGUACUACCAAGAAAUGGUAACAUUCUUCCCUGAGCUUGGCUACUGUGACAGCAACUGGAAAUGCAAUGCCAUUGCGACUGCUAGCUAUACCUCUUGGCGCAAGAAUCAUAUCAACCGCUUGGAUCGUGAAGGGACUUGUAAGCCAAAGGCAGAAGACAUCAUCAAUUUUGAUGGCCUCAAGACGCUGGACUCUGACGACGCUGAGGGUACUGACACAAAGACUAAUAUCAACACUAAGACCACCAAAUGGCGGACCCGCGAUUUGGAACCGCUUGACAUCAGGUCAAAUUCCAGUAAGAAGCGGAAGUCCUCAGAGACAUCUACCACUGAAAGUGCAUCACCAUCACUACCAGUCUCAGAAGUCAUGGACUCAACUAGUCAAUCCCUUGUUCCAGAUGGGAAUACCCCACCAGAUUCACCCACUAGUAACGGCCGUCCCAUUUCAACAAUUGCUGAGCCUCACACUGCUGGUUCCUCGAAGGAGACGACCACAUCCAGCGCCCCUGCCAGAUUCCGUGCACGGCCCUUGAAAUUUGCAAACCCACUUACUACUGUUGAACCUACUAAUGCUAAUCGACCCCCAAUAAUUCAACCUUCCUCCCCUGAAGUUCAGCAUACGGCUCCAGCAGAUGAACCAAUAACUACACAGCCCACUAGUGAACCCACACCUUCCAUUGUACUGACCCCAGAACACUCCCCAGAUGGCUCUGCAAUUGUUUCCGAUGUCCACACACCAGCCACCAUUCAAGUUGCUGCUGACCUGAUGCCAACUCCUAGCAGUGAGUACCACCACAUGACUGGACAACCAACUCAACUUCAACUUCUUCCAACAUCAACCUCUGACACGGUACCUCCACUGGAUGCCUCUACCAGCAAACCUCUCAAUGUGCUGGCAAAGAAGUCAAGGAAGAUGCAGAUCGGGAAAGCACAGAAUGGACACAACCUGUGUGCACAUGAGUGGCUCACUCGUAACAAGACUGGAUCAGCAGCUGAGUUCAAGAUCCACUAUGAUGGACUGUCGGGAGCACAGAAGAAGUCAUAUGAUGAGCUCGCUACCACGAAAGUUGCAGUGGUGUCUAUCUUGAUCAUCCUCGCACCAGGAUCCCUGUCAGCAAUAGUGGACCACAGUGCUCCCUCCCCCAGAACUUCUUGUGAUCUCAUGGCCUCUCAGGAUCGUUCAAGUUGGUCACCUCCUGGUCGACUUGUAGGAAUAGCUGUAUGGAGUAUGGGCUAG